AGGAGAGGAGCAGGAGAGGAGACAGUGCGUCUGUCUGAUUUUGCGCCACCAGUCUCCAGUGGACAAUGACUUGCGUUAUCUAAUUAUGAGUUCGACGUCUCGGAGAAAGAGUUGGCGAUGGCAGGUGCUGCUGGCAUUCGAAUUUCGAGGACAUAUCACGACCGUUGGAUCCUGAAAGUGUGGAGUCUGAGUCCGAACUGGAGAAUUGAGCUGCGAGCGAGCGAGGGAGGGAGACUGGAGGGAAUUUCGUCGUGGUUGAUUGUUUUGCAGUCAAUUAGCGAUAGUGCAGAGAUUCAGAUGUGAGGGAAUAAGCUAUCGAGCGUCCAUCCCACGAAGCAGGCCCAGAAUCGCUGCGCAGGGUUUCCCUCUUUGGCAGUGGAGUUCGAUGUGCUGAGCUGAGCGGAGUCCAUGUCGUGUAAGAAGGAUCGCAUUGCACUCGCUUCAUACGGAAUUGUUGAGGAGGUUCUCAGGACAAGUAGCGAGCCGGACAGUUGACAUUCAUGCACCGGAUUACGAUUCUGAGUUGUGCUUAUUAGUGCGAACUUCAAGACGGGUGGCACGUCCGCUUCUCUACGUGGGCGGGUCAUGAAGGUCCCAUAGAGACCUUUGCUUCGCAUUUGCAACUCUAGGACACUGCGAUGGGUGAUGCUGUUCCAGGACUCCAAGUCUUCAAUUCUUAAAGCUCCGGCGGGAGAACGAGGCAGGGAGUCCGAGGGUGGAUGGGAAUUGUCGAAAAUGACAAGAGGACGGAGACUGAUGUCCCUCAGAAGCUCACGUAAGCUCUAGCUCGGCUCUGCAAGGAUCCGGCACAAUGCAAUCUGCGCGGCUCCCAGUACCCUUUCUGUCCAGAAUUGACUAUCAUCCCACCGAAAGACAUGGACAGAAAAGAAGCGCAGUCUUGGAGUCGUGGGAGCACCCUCUUUGCCUGUGGUCUUCUGCUAUGGAAGUGCGUCUGGGUGCUCGGAGGCAGCGUGCAUUCGCCAGACAGAGGUUCGGAAAUUGGACGAACUUUAAGAGACAAAGGGCCAAUCCGGUGCACGCGAAGAGGAUUGUCAACGAGAAGAGACCACUUUUUUCUGCGUACAUAAUUGGAAAAAUUCCAGGUGAGGCUAAGUCAGGACAAUUGCCUUGCUCGAGUCCCAGAAACCAGCGGAUUCACUGGACUGAAGCUAUCUUUUGCAGCACUGGGAUUAGAAAAGGAUUUGAAGUCUCUGGAUUUAGCGAUUGCAGGCCAAAAGCCGGAAAUAGUUUUGCAGGUGAGUUGGGGUGCUCUGUUACGGCAAGAGGAGCUAGCUUUGAAGUGAGCGAGGCGACAGAUCGUUUGAAAGAGAGAAAGCUGAUGCCUGUUGCAUCUCAUAAAAUGCAUAGGAGAAGAGAUUCUGCGGAUAAAGUCGGGGGAAAAUCAAGAUCUAGGCUGGAAGCAGUGGCAGAUGACAGGGCAGAUUUGAAAGAGGAGGAGGGUGAAGAAGAAGACGAUGCAAAUAGCACAGUCCGAGAUGACAAUAAAGAGAUGAAACGAGACAAGGCAUUACCUAGUCGUAAAGCUCUUGGAUCUCUUGCAGCGACAGCUAUCCAAGAGUCUCUUCCUCCGGAGGGAUUUGUGGUCCUAAUGUCCUGCGCUGUCGGUCUCCUGACCGGUGUGGGUGUCGUGGCUUUCAAUCUGGCGGUUCAUGAGAUUCAUGACAUUGUGUUUGAGGGUAUUCCGGGAAGUGGCGCAGCCUGGUUACGAGAUCAACCUUUCGAAAAAAUCUGGCAACAGAUUCUUAUUGUGCCUGUCGGUGGAGGGGUGGUUGUUGGACUCCUGAACACUGUUCGAUCUUCUUUGGGAGGAGGCAAGGAGGAGCAAUCAGGAUCAGGAGAUGCAAGCUCAUUCUCGACGAACGUCAAAGCUGUUGGAAGGCAACUGCUGAAAACCAUAGCGGCUGCCGUUACUCUGGGGACAGGAAAUUCUCUUGGUCCUGAAGGACCUAGUGUAGAAAUAGGAGCGUCCAUAGCAAAUGGAGUUGGCACAUUACUGAAUAACAGCAGAGAGAGAAAAUUAUCUCUCGUUGCUUCUGGCUCUGCUGCGGGCAUAUCUUCAGGUUUCAAUGCAGCAGUCGCUGGGUGUUUCUUUGCAGUGGAAUCCGUACUACGUCAAGCCUCAGUAGACUCCGCUCCUUCGCUGACUACGGCGAUGGUUCUCCUAAGUUCUGUAUUGGCAUCUGUAGUCUCACAAGCUGGAUUAGGUUCAGAUCCAGCCUUCAGGAUUCCACCCUAUGACUUUCGCUCACCUACUGAGCUUCCACUGUACUUGUUACUCGGAAUACUUUGUGGGCUGGUCUCCGUUACCCUUACCAAGGGAACAAUGUACGCGACCGCCUCGUUUGAGUGGCUUCAAAAGACCACGGGUCUACCAUCGGGAUUUUUACCUCCGAUAGGAGGACUUUGUGUCGGCUUAGUUGCUCUUAAAUAUCCCGAAGUCCUGUACUGGGGUUUUGCCAAUGUCGAUGUAUUACUAGAGUCACAAUUGCCUUGGGUUAGAGGCCCUCCUGCCAUGUUACUCAUUCAGCUAGUAGGUGUGAAGGUGCUAGUAACUUCGAUAUGCCGUGGUUCUGGUUUAGUUGGAGGAGUGUACGCACCAUCUCUGUUUAUAGGUGCUGCUCUUGGAUCAGCUUAUGGUAAGCUAGCAACUUACACGUUGGCUCACGCAGACCCCAGUCUACAUCUUGAGUCUCUGAACGUAGCUGCGCCCCAAGCAUAUGCUCUGGUGGGUAUGGCAGCGAUGCUGGCCGGCGUAUGUCAAGUUCCCCUGACCGCCGUUCUUCUUUUAUUCGAGCUGACACGUGAUUACCGUAUCAUUCUACCUUUGAUGGCGGCUGUCGGACUUUCAUCAUGGGUGGCAUCUACAUUUCAAAGGAAAAGGCCCCGGAAUCCCAUCGAAGUUUCAUUACCGGCGUUUUCGAACAACGUACCUCUGAUUGUAAAGAAUGCAGAUCCAAAUGCUCAACCUGUUGAGCUGGUUCUAACUCUAGAACCUACGGAGUCUUCACAAAGUCUGACCACCCCACUCUUGCGUGGAUAUGUUUCCGGAGCUCAGGAGCUUUGCGAUCUAGAAGACUCACUGUGCUUAUCAAAUCUGGAAGUCAAUGAAGAGAGGUUGACUGACGAGAUUCCAGUAGGAGUCGCGAUGAGGACACGAUAUGCUGCACUUGUUGGAAACACCUCUGUACAAGACGCCAUGAGAACAAUGCUUGUAGAAAAGGAGUGGUGUGUGAUUGUUGUAAAUGAAGAUAAUAAUCUUGAGGGAAUUUUAACGUUGGCGGAUAUUCAGCAGGAAGCCGAAAACUUUAGACGUACGGAAACCGAGGAUGAGUUGGAUCAAAGACCCAUAUCUGCUCUUUGUAGGAGUGUCACUGGUGGUAAAACUCGGGUUGUGACAGUUUAUCCCGAUAUGAGUCUGACUGAUGCACAGCGGAGGAUGGCUCGACGGGGCUUGAGACAGCUUCCUGUUAUAGCCCGGACUUGGAAAAGUCAGGGAAAACAGUCGGGCAAUCAUGUCGUUGGCUUACUUGACAGAGAAAGCAUCAAGCUCGCCUGCAGAGUGGAGGCAACGAGAAGGAUACUGGGCCUCCCUGCGACAGUGUUAACAAAGUUAACAACAGACGACAUAAAUGCCUCAAAUUAAAAUGUACAACAGCAGCUCGGGUGACAUUCUCAUAGAUGUCACAAAGCACUUAUUUUUAUCGAGGGAAUUACAUUCACACUGUAUUCACGCCGUACUUCCUUGAACGCAAAAUCCAGGCAUUCUGGUACAUCUAUAUAUCUAGCAGCUAAAAUCCUUAUGUCUCAUGCCAACAUUCCAAUGUGAGUAUUGAUUCGGUCAUCAAACUCGGUUUAAAAGAAGGGAGCUGAUCAUGUUUCCAACUAAUUAGAGCUGGAUAGAAUGAAAGAAUGGAUCAAACUGAAAUGAAUCGGUGUGACACCAGCCAGUCACAUUUCCCUUUGUAUAUGCGGCCCUACCAAGCUGAGCCGCAUCGUCAAGAUCACGGAAAGCCACCUCUCCUUCAACACUGUGUACGACCGGACUUCAUUCUAAGCCAACAACUGUAGCCCAGCCGAGUGCUGUCAUUAUAUACCAUCAACAACGAAAUCUUCGGUGGAGCUCGCAUCGACGCAACUCAUCCCAACUUGUGUACAGUUAAGAACAUACUGCAGCCGGCGCCUAUAACUGCUCUUAAUAAAGUCGAAAACUGUACGCCGGGAUCAUUUUAUAUUCAGUGGUAGGAAUCCCACAAUGCCGAGUCGAGGAGAGGCAAAAUCUGCAAAGGAGCAGCAGUUCAGGAGAUGCCUGGAAAUAAUUCGCAAGCGCUGCGACCUGGAGUCACAUUCUACUGCUUGGAAAUGGUAGUCAGCAGCAGCCUCAAGUCUUCACGAAGCUAAGACGUAGAUGGCACAACAUAAAUUUGU